CCAACCGCACAACAAGACAUUUGCGGCUCUUGUCGCUCUCGUCUCUUUCUGCAAACGAUAUGCGCGUAGAGCGUAGAGUGACGUAGACUGAUAAUCCCUCUAUUGAUUUUCCCAAUCGAGUGAUGGAGGUGGUUUUGGAGGGGUUCGAUUGGUCAAUGCGAGGAGAGGCGUAUCGAUCCGUAAAACGGUAAUGCCGUUUUGAACAGUAGGCUACCAGCCAUCAUGGACGUUUUAUGAGAGGUAAAUGGUAAAUGGACUACAUUUAUACAACACCUUUCUAACAAGUGGCCACUCAAAGCGCUUUACAAUUAUUGCCUAACAUUCACCAUUUCACGCACACAUGAACACACCAACGGCGGAGUCAACCACGUAGUGCGACAGCCAGCUCGUCGGGAGCAGUCAGGGUGAGGUGUCUUGCUCAGGGACACCUCGAUACUCAGGAGCCGGGGAUCUAACCAGCAACUUUCCGGUUUGCCAGCCAACCCGCUCUACCUCCUGAGCCACAUGCCGCCCCUAGAAGUAACCAUCAUGGAUGUUUAAUAAGAGCCAUGCCAUGGCCCUGAGCCCCGUCCGCCUCUACCUCCAGACCCCCGCGGUAACCCGGGUCUACGUGACCGCCUGCGUCCUGACCACAGCGGCCGUGCAACUUGGUCUGAUCACUCCUCUCCAGCUCGCCUUCAACCCUCAGCUGGUCUUCAGGGAGUGGCAGAUCUGGCGUCUGAUAACAAACUUCUUGUUCUUCGGCUCUCUCAGCUUUGGCUUCUUGAUCAACAUCAUCUUUCUGUUCCGGUACUGCCGCCUGCUGGAAGAAGGCUGCUUCAGUCGCCGGACGGCUGACUUCGUCUUCCUCUUUCUGUUCGGCGGAGUCCUAAUGACCGUAAUGGGUGUGUUCACGGACCAGGUCUUUCUGGGCCAGUCCUUCCCCUCCAUGCUGGUCUACGUGUGGAGCCGGCGGAACCCGCUCCUGAAGAUCCACUUCCUGGGCUUCCUGUCCUUCCACGCCCGCUUCCUGCCCUGGGGGCUGGUUGCAUUUUCACUUAUGCUCGGCAACUCAAUCGUCGUUGAUGUUCUCGGUACACAAGCUUUACUUCAAUAUUCCCAGCCGUUUUACUGGAAUAGUACCAUGUUUAAUCUGAAUUUUUUAAGGAAUCCUUAUGUGGGAUUAUGGUGGGUCAAACAUACUUCUAUCUGGAGGAUGUCCUACCAAACCAGCCGGGUGGAUGGAAGCUCCUCCGGACGCCACAUAUCCUACGGUGUCUGUUGGAUCACCAGGAGGGGGAGCCAUUAAUGCUGCGCUAGAGCUACGCUAGAAGUACGCAGCACUAAAGCUACAGUCCCUGGGCUCAUGGACAGAGUGGGUCCACCCUCAAUUCCGACCAGCCUCUCUUUCCUUCAGUCCCACACAUUAACAGAAUAGCAUUACUGAAUCAAGCUUCCUUGUGCUCCGAUGGGACGGAAAUAGACCGGCCAAAUAACUGGUAUCUUAUGGAAGUACUCCAAGAAGCAUUGGAGGAGAGCGUCCCCCAAAUAGCUUAGGAUGAUAUGAAUAUUAUCCAUAUUUAUUUAUGUCUCAAAUUAUGCAAAAACGGUGAAGCAUGAAGGUGAAACCUCUGCAAGUGACAUUUAAUAUCUAAAAACCUUUUAAACCAUCUAUUAAAACAUUAUAUAUCUUUAUAGCAGAAAUAAAGCAUUAUACAUUUAACAGUCAUCAGUGGCCAACUAGGACCAUGACUAAAUGUUUUAAAGGACGAGGUCUGAAAGGUUUCAGCCUAGCGCUGGAAUCUGUGCCAGGUCUGCACUUUCCCUGUUGCCUUUGUGGAGAUCACAGAAUAGAAAGUGCUGAGAGAGAUAACCCACCUGCGACCUCAUGGCUGCAAACCAUCUGACCGUGGACUCAAAGACCAUCACAAUCAUUAUCAUUCAAUCAACACAUUCAUGCACCAGAUAUUGCAUGAACCGUGACAUUUGUCAGUUUUCUGAAGUGACUACUGUAAGAUUAAAGAACCAUAUUUCAAACAACAAA